GUCCAGGUUUCCAUUGCUUCCAAUGAGGUGUCAUAUUCCAGUGAGGUCAUAGCCUGACUUCAAAGCAUUCAUCUGCACGGCCUCAGUCAGCCCUAGUGGUUAUAACCUGAUGUUUCUCACAAGAGACAUUGAUCUCUACUUGUUCCACUUUUCAGCUGCACGAGCCCGCGAUGAGGACAAGCCCGGGUCUCUCUGACUACCUCUGGGCCUGGACCCUCCUCCUGAGCACACUGACUGGAAGAAGCUAUGGACAACCAUCAUUACAAGAUGAACUUAAAGAUAACACCACUGUCUUCACCAGGAUUUUGGACCGACUCUUAGAUGGUUAUGACAACCGCCUGAGACCGGGCUUAGGAGAGCGUGUAACUGAAGUGAAGACGGACAUCUUCGUCACCAGCUUCGGACCCGUUUCAGACCAUGAUAUGGAAUAUACAAUAGAUGUAUUUUUCCGUCAAAGCUGGAAGGAUGAAAGGUUAAAAUUUAAAGGACCCAUGACAGUACUCCGGCUAAAUAACCUCAUGGCGAGCAAAAUCUGGACGCCGGAUACCUUUUUUCACAACGGAAAGAAGUCAGUGGCCCACAACAUGACCAUGCCCAACAAGCUCCUGCGGAUCACGGAGGACGGGACCUUGCUGUACACCAUGAGGCUGACGGUGAGAGCUGAAUGUCCAAUGCAUUUGGAAGACUUCCCUAUGGAUGCCCAUGCCUGCCCACUGAAAUUUGGAAGCUAUGCUUACACGAGGGCAGAAGUCGUUUACGAGUGGACCCGAGAACCAGCGCGCUCCGUGGUCGUAGCAGAGGACGGGUCGCGCCUAAACCAGUAUGACCUUCUUGGGCAAACGGUCGACUCUGGAAUUGUCCAGUCUAGCACAGGAGAGUAUGUUGUUAUGACCACUCAUUUCCACCUGAAGAGAAAGAUUGGCUACUUUGUUAUUCAAACAUACCUGCCCUGCAUAAUGACGGUAAUUCUCUCCCAAGUCUCCUUCUGGCUCAACAGAGAGUCUGUACCAGCAAGGACCGUCUUUGGAGUUACAACUGUGCUCACCAUGACAACUCUGAGUAUCAGCGCCAGGAACUCCCUCCCGAAGGUGGCUUACGCCACGGCUAUGGACUGGUUUAUCGCAGUGUGCUACGCCUUUGUAUUCUCAGCUCUGAUCGAGUUUGCCACAGUAAACUAUUUCACCAAAAGAGGUUAUGCGUGGGAUGGCAAAAGUGUGGUUCCAGAAAAGCCAAAGAAAGUGAAGGAUCCCCUCAUUAAGAAAAACAACACUUAUGCUCCGACUGCAACCAGCUACACUCCUAACUUGGCCAGGGGUGACCCCGGCUUAGCCACCAUUGCUAAAAGUGCAACCAUAGAACCGAAAGAAGUCAAGCCGGAAACAAAACCACCAGAACCGAAGAAAACCUUUAACAGUGUCAGCAAAAUUGAUCGACUGUCAAGAAUAGCCUUCCCGCUCCUAUUCGGAAUCUUUAACUUGGUCUACUGGGCUACGUAUUUAAACAGAGAGCCUCAGCUAAAAGCCCCCAGCCCACAUCAGUAGGUCCUGUCACUCAUAACCCGUUGUUGGGUCCUCUGCACUGGGAAUUGCCUUCUGUUCUCAACAUGGUAAUUCCCAUCUGCUUUAUUGCCUCUGUCUUGAAGAAUCUGAAGGUUUUCUUAUUUCCAUAAUUCAUAUAAGAACAACAGACCCCUGUCUGGCAGCCCAGAGCAGACCAUACAGCUGAGAGACAGGAUUCUGAGAGAGGGAGCAAGAGAGCAAAAUCACGGCAGAAGGAGACAGAAGGAAAGAGAGGUGAAAAGGGGGGGGAAGGAGAUCCAAAGAUAGGAGAAAAAGUAAAAGAAAAAUCAAACUUAACUCUGUAACUCCAGGUCAUUUGUAGAUAUAUAUUUCCAAAUAUUCUAGGAAAAAAAAGAUACUGUAUAUGUCAAAAAUAUUUUUAUGUGAAGGUGUUUAAAAGAAUAAAUUAUAAUGUUUAAGGAAGAAAAAUUUUUAAAAAGUCUAUGUCUUUAUUGCAUAAAUGACAAUGUGCUUCUUACGUAUUUGUUUUUUUUAAACUGAUGUAUAGCUUUAACAUUUUGUUUCCAAAGCUAAAAAUCCCCAUUCUUUCUCCUUAAAAAAGAAAUGCCUAAUGCAUUAUUUUGUUGUUAAAUGCUAUUUUAAAAUUGAUGGAAAUUGCAUAGGCUAAGGUGCAGUUCCUCGCCAUAGAGCACAUUUAAUCCAGUGAAGAUUAAUGCCUUUAAACAGGCUACUUUGCUACCAUCUGCACUUUUACCACUAGACUCGAUGAGGAAUCAUUUUAACAGAAAUAUAUACACAAUAAAACCAAAAAAAAAAUUUAAAAGAUUUAUUUUCCACCCUGUCUAUAUCCAGAUAGCACAUGGGUCCAAUAAUCACUGAUUUUCAUUAUGAAGAUGUUUUUAGAGGGGCAAAAAUAUUUUGCAAGCUCUAGAAUUGUUGAAUGUAUCAUUUUAUAUAACAGUACAUUAAAAGCUUUAGAUUGAAAUUUAUGACUAGUAAAUAAAUAUAGAAUAUAUAAAUUAUAUAUGUAAAUAUCCAGCAUGAGAUUGUACAUUUUUUACUUUUUUUAAGGCUGUGUUCUUAAAAUAUUGUGUGGGACUCACCGCUCUUAGCUGUCAGAAUGUUGUUAAAUGCUACGGAAAUACAUUCAGAGCCUGCCUUUAAGACCAGAACAGCCUGAAGGAGCCAGAUGGGACUUAAAACAUAUGGGGAUAAAGUCCACUUAUGUAGGGACAGCUUGCAAUUUCAAACUGUUGUCCAGUGUACAGUAGUAAAUCAGUUGCAAUCUGCUCAAGUCAUGCCAUGUUUCCCUAUUUUAGGCUCUUGUAAUAUAGAAAGAAAGUGGAAAAACAUUAGUGGGAGCUAGAAAAAAAUCACCUGUAUAUUUACUGCUAUCUUUGCUGAUACCAACUAUUUCAAUAAGUGUUGUACCAUAUGUAGCAUUAAAUAUAAAAAUACGUGAAAGAAUGUACAGGAAAUAGCUUUUAUUGAGUAAUACUAUUACUUUUCGUUUAUACUGUAGCAAUAUAUUUGUAGGCAUACUAUGUAAGGGCUUUAAUGACAAGAGGUCCAUUAACACUCCCUCUGAAGAUUCUAGUCUGUUUCAUUACUUCCCAGAUGUUUUAGAGGUAAAUAUUUAUGCGGAAGGUAUUUUUGAAGUCUUCUUUUGUCUGAUAAGAGUUUCAGAGAUAUUUAAAGUUAGCAUCCAGAAUCCAUGAGUUAUGGUCUAACCACAUUUAGAAUACCAUGACAUAAGCCUGUUAUCACAAUUACCAAAUAAGACAUUUGGGAUCCAUACCCAUGUUUUGAGCAAUGUUUUUCUCAAAGAGCUGCUACCCAAUGACACAGGAAAAUACAGCUUGUGUUUUCCUAAACAAACUCUGGUUUUCUUUUUAAAUGUGCUUUAUUGUUUGAUUCGGUCCUGCCUAAGUUCAAUGAGCUAAGCCAGCAAAGGCUGAACCAAGGAUAUCUCAUCCUAUGGUCUCAUGUGUAGAUAAUCAUGUAUAGAAAAUAAAGUAAAAUAUGGCUC